AUGGAGUGGCUGAUGGUGUUAUGUCUAUUAGCUGGAGGCGUUCGGGCCGAGUUUCCAACGAAAGAAUUCCUCGAAGCCCUCAAACCUGUCGUAGCAAAAUGCGAAAUGAGCACUGGGGUGGAUAAAGCACUCGUAGAUGACUUCAGCAAAGGUACCAUGGUCGACGAUGAGAAAUUAAAGUGUUAUAUGAAAUGCAUUUUCCUGGAAUUUCAAGUGCUAGAUGAAACAACAGGCCACUUCCGAUACGAGAAGAUGCUAAGCGCGCUCCCACAAGAGAUGAAAAGCAUCGCGUACGAGAUGGGACGGAAUUGCAUCCACUUCAAGGGAGAGGGGGGCGCGAACCUGUGCCAGGUGUCCUACGACCUGCAUAGAUGCUGGCAGAAAGCAGACCCAGAGCAUUACUUCCUCAUGUGAGCGGAGUCUUCGCUCGACUAUGAAGGAUAAUCCGAACUAAUUCUUUCACUAAUACGAAUUUAUGAUCAUCCCUUGAUAUGAAAGUACAAUAAAGAAAAGCAAUAAAGCAACCACAUUCGUAA